ACUCGGGUCUCUAUAUGGAGCUCUCAGUCUCUCACGUCUCACGUGUAUAUAUAUAGUCACUCUCUCUCAUCAAGUCAUCGCAGUCAUCACGUAUCACGUCUAUCGGUCUGUCCGUCUGUCGACUGCUCUUUCUCAACAACAAACUUGCUUACUCGCGUAUACAUGCAUAUACAAUGUGUAUAUAAUAAAUAUAUACCUAUGAGGGCUAUGAGGCGUACAUGAAACGCAACACGCAACGUAAUCGUCGCGAUCCUCUUUGCGAACGUGCAGAAUAUACACUUACCUUAUUUAAUCAGUAUUUCGUUUACGUCUGACACUCUGGCUCCACUGCAAGCUGGAUAGAAUUAAAGCCAACAUCAAGAGCAAGAACGCCAGCGAGUAGCGAAUACACCGUGCUUGUAGAAUAUACCAACCAAGCUUGCAAGCGAAUAAAAAACAGCUAGAGUCUGGGUACACGUGACAGACGAGAAAGAGCGUCUUUGAGUACCAUAACGAGGACUUGGAUUUUCUUUUCCACCCUGUAAUAUCAUACGGCUCUUACAUCUAAUUAUACACGGAGGAAGUGAGAAACCGAGGAGGUGAGCGAACAAGAAGUGCAGCAGCAACUCCUGCAGGGGGAAUCAACACAAGCAUGGCAGGGGUCUUCGAUAUCGAGCUACCCGACGGCGACAACUUCAACACGGAGGACGAGUCCGACGACGAUGACGCUCUCGAGGCCGACAACCUAACGGAGGACUAUGAUGACAGCCAUCACGACGUCCACCACAUGCUCGAGUCCGACAAUAUCGAGCAGGUACAGUUAAAUGAGCAGAACGUUAAUCCUGAACACGAAAAGACUGGACCUGAGGAUUUUCAUUUGUGCAAAAUCCUGGGCGAGGGUGGCUAUGGCAAAGUGUUCCAAGUCAGAAAAAUCACAGGAAAAGACAAGGGCAGCAUAUUUGCCAUGAAGGUGCUAAAGAAAGCAUCAAUUAUAAGAAAUCAAAAAGACACAGCUCAUACCAAAGCAGAGAGAAAUAUCUUGGAAGCAGUAAAACAUCCAUUUAUAGUGAAUUUAAUGUAUGCCUUCCAAACUAAUGGUAAACUAUAUCUCAUAUUAGAAUACCUUUGUGGCGGAGAACUGUUUACUUAUCUAGACAGGGAAGGAAUUUUUUUGGAAGACACAACGUGCUUUUAUCUGUCAGAAAUCAUCCUUGCAUUAAAACACUUGCACAAAUUAGGGAUUAUAUACAGGGAUUUAAAACCUGAAAACAUACUGUUGGACAGGGAAGGUCAUGUAAAAUUAACUGAUUUUGGCCUCUGCAAAGAACACAUUCAAGAUGACACAGUUACACACACUUUUUGUGGAACUAUUGAGUACAUGGCUCCCGAAAUCUUAUUAAGAAGCGGACAUGGUAAAGCAGUUGAUUGGUGGAGUCUGGGAGCACUAAUGUAUGACAUGCUCACUGGAAUGGCUCCGUUUACUGGAGCUGAUCGGAAGAAAACUAUUGAACAGAUUUUAAAGGGAAAGUUGACCCUCCCACAGUAUCUUUCUCCUGAUGCUAGAGAUUUGAUUCGCAAAUUGUUAAAGAGACAGGUACCACAAAGAUUGGGUUCUGGUCCAGAAGACGCGGAGCAAAUAAUGAAUCAUCGUUUUUUUAAUCAUCUUAAUUGGCAAGAUGUUAUUUUGCGCAAACUAGUACCUCCUUUCAAGCCUGCAUUAAAAAGUGCAGAUGACACAUCGCAAUUUGAUGAACAGUUCACCACCACAGUGCCUGUAGACUCGCCGGUUGAGAGUAUGCUAAGUGAAUCUGACAACAUGAUAUUUCAAGGUUUUACUUACGUAGCUCCUAGCGUAUUAGAAGAAAUGUAUAGCCAGCCCCGUGUUUUAACUCCUCGAAGCGAGUCAAGGACUCAGAUCAGUAAUAGUCAUAAUAGGCGUCACCAUGGGUUUUCUCCAAGAUCGCCUGAAAUGAACCUACGGCCACUAUCGCAUUUCAAUAAUAGCAUCGGGCUUACUGUACCAGACUAUCACAGUGCUGAUGACACUGAAAUGAUGGAAGUCGGACAGCUGGUUAGUCAUGUAUAGUAUACAAAGCGUCAUAGCAAAAGUUUCUAAGCAACUGCCAAGUUUUCACAUUGUCAUUAGAAAUUAAAUCGCAAAAUUAUUUGGCUUCUUUUGACAUUGAUGUACACAAGCACAGCCAGUGCAUUAUGAACGGCGUGUCACACGAAACCGUGAAAUUUGGUGAUUGCAUCUAGUUAAAUUACCCCAAAUCCAUUUUUUUUCUUUAACUGCAGAUGAAUAGCAAGUACACUAGUAAUGCUAAUUGUGCAACUUAAGGGAGAAUGCGUUGCUUAUUUGAAAGCAAACUACCACAAAAAGAUGAUUUUAGCAGCAGAGAAAAGCAUACCACUGUAUUAGGGUGCGAUUACAUGGAGGCGGAUGGACGUCCCGCAAGUUCGGAAA